UUGUUGAGGAGCCGGCGUCGUGAAGGGCCCGAACGUGGGCGUGAGAUUUCUCAGGGCUCUGUUGCACGAUUAGCCCCGCGAAUCCGAGUGGAUGCGAUCGUAGUGCAUUGAGCUCUCGUGACCCGAUCGAUUAUGAUUAUCUAGAAGCGCGAUUUUUCGCACCCACCGUGAAAUUUGUGUGAGGAAACAAGUUUGGGACGAGCGGGAAGCUUGUCCCGAGGAGUGAUCACCCAUUUUGCGAUUUAGUUUCGUAGCUUCGAUUCAGAAUCGCGUGAGUGUGUGUGUACCUCGGCGAGGUUUUUCGAUGAGUGGUGAGGAGUCUGUGGUAGGACUGCAUUUGCGAAUCCAUCUCUUGAGUGGGUUUGGUCGGUGAUGGUGUGUGCCGCGUGAAUUCGUGCGUCUCGCGUGAACGCUAGUGCGCUUUGAGGAAUGAGGCGAGUGAUGGGUUCGUUUGAAGCUGGGAAGUACUCUGCAGAGGGAUCCUACAUGCUUACAUUUGGGUGCAGCGUUGCGCACCUGUGAAUCUGGUCUCAUUGGAUUCGGAGGCUUUUGGUGUAGCGUGACCUCCCCGUUUGUGUCAGCUGCUCCGGCGUUUGUAAGCGAAGCGAGUGCGCAGAAAGCUUUGGUUGGAGUGGAUACGAUUUUAGGGUUUUAUUCUUUUUGGUUGGGUGUGGGCGGGAAUGAGGUUGACGCUUGAAUAGGGAUUGUAGCGAGGAGUCGGGACUGAGUGAUUGAGUUUCAGUUCGGAUCUGAGAGUUUAUGACUCUGGCGAUGGUGUGUCGGCUGUAUAUGUAUCAAAGAAGGUAGAUUGUGAAGAGGCUGUGUGAGAACUCAGCCAGCUGAGAUGAGGGAAGGGAAUGCGAGGUUUUUUGUAGAUUUAGAUUUCAGCCAGUAGGCAGGAAUCUCACUCGCUGUGUGGCAUUGAAAUCGUUCCUUCGAUCUGGCUGUGAAGUCCUCUGAAGACCAUCAGUACCAUGCGGAGGAUUUGCAAUGCUGGAGUCGAUCUGCAAAUAGGCAGCUCAUUUAUAGAAAUAACUGUUAUGUCGGAGAACUGGGCUAUUUCCUAGUAGUACGAAUUAGAGUUUGAGGGGUUACAAGCGUGCUAUGACUAUGGCGCUAAGCCGUGAUAAGAAAAAUGUAUUGGUCUUAGUCGCCGCUUUUCUGGCAGUAAUUGGCUUCUUGCAAAUUGUGGGCUACGGCAGAGUGAUCAUGAACGGGUCGCGGGCGCGGUCUGGCGGCCGGGUUUCGCACUGGCGUCACAAGGCAUUCUCUAGUUAUCCUGAGGGUCGUGCUUGUAUCAGUCACAUCUGUGUUUACUUUGACGUAACCUUCGCGGAGGAACCCGUUGGACGCAUCAUCUUCCUGCUCUACGAGAAGAAGGCACCGAGGACUGUAGAAAACUUUCGGAGUCUGGCGACGGGAGAGCGAGGGAUGAAUGCGAAGGGCAUCAAUCUUCACUACAAGAAUACUACGUUUCACCGUGUAGUUCAUGGGUUACUGGUUCAGGGCGGCGACAUUAUGAGGGGAGCGGGUAAGGAAGGCGAAGUAGAAUCCAUCUAUGGCGGUAGGUUUAAAUCCGAGAGCUGGGACGAUAAGUUUAAUCAGAGAGGUCUACUCGCAAUGGACAGUCUGGGCCCCGACAAGAAUGGGUCGGUGUUCUUUAUCACGAUGGAUGCCAUUCCUGAGCUCGACGGCCAGUACGUGGUAUUUGGAGAGGUCAUCGAGGGUAUGGAAAUCGUGGAACGCAUCAAUAACAGCGUGUUCGGUGAAGAUGAGGUGCCCGUUAUGCGAAUCGUCAUAUCUGACAGCGGACAAUUGUAACCUUAAAGAUGUACCAUGGCCUUGGUACACACGCCCGUGAACAAACAGCGAGUUCACUAUAGCCAUCAUCCUGAGCGCCUCGGUCUGUUUCCAAACUCAAUGAUGGAACGCCUUAGUUAUUGAACUGCAGCAACAUGAACUGUAGAGACUGCUAAUGCUGGUCUCGAACUACUCAUUCCCUAUGUAGCUGCCGCUUCUUUCGCAAUCUAUGGUGGAAGGCGGUUGUAGUUAUGUGCUCUUGACGAACGACAAUAAAGGCUGUCACGACAUAAAAAGUUGACAAAUUAGCGACAUUGCGUUUUCUCUC